CGCAUUGCUUUCAAUGUGGCCUUCCGCAUAACCCCGUUGAGGCCGCGGAGCGUUCCGCCUUUGGAACCAAGCCAAGUCCCGUAACUCUUUAUCCUUCCUCUUCCACAACUCGUCCAUCCUAAUGGAGCAUGCCAUACCUAUAAAAAGAAUCAAGAACGUACCGAAGAAGAUAAUCAUAGCAAUACGUGUAGGGUCAGUCGCGGUGUUGUCUGGCUGUUCCUCAGUGGUCGGUAGAGCUGCUAUCCCCCCCAUCAGCAUCACCAUCACGAAGCCCAUACUCCUCAUAUUGGUCGGGAUCAUCGUGGUCUCGAUUUGUUUUAGUUGGUGACUUCUGGGUCGAAUGGGUUCGAGGUGGUGGAAAUGCGGUCGAGCCAAUUAUCCUCGUAUAUUUCUGAGGGCUUGUGAUAU